AUGUCUCUAGGCUCACCGUCCACGAGCCUUGCAGGAAGCCUCAUUUUUGAAACUCAGGGGGAUCUUACUGAAGCAAGCCCAACUGGUAGCGCCGACGAGAAUGGCGGCGCAAUGGAAGGCGAAAAAGAUAGGCCGCACUCGAUGUAUGUUAGAUUAUUCGAGGAAAUGCUCCACGAGGUUAUAUUGUAUGAACAUCACCUGUUUACCAGUGAAGAAAUAAGCUGUUUUCAAGCUUACGCGUCUAUGGACUACGACGUUCAAUAUCUCUUUAUCCGAUUGUGUCUGCGAAAGUCGGAUCAAUGGAUGCGUUUAAGCAGUUUUGAUAAUUACCGAUCUGAACUUGGAGAUAACAUAAUUUCUGUCGUGAAGAGUCUUUGCGCAGCGCGGGUAUCCGAUGAAUUUCGGGUCAAGCAGGAGGAGCUAGACUCCACCAACUCUUUGAAUGCUUCAGACAACAUGGAUCCCAACAGGGCACCAGAAGUAAAAUUCAAUCUCUUUGUAGAAGAUCAGGAUCAAGCAACGUUGGUUGAACUUUUGCAAUGUCUUACCGUGGAUGAGCUCGACAAGAUGGCGAAGGACCGCAAGCUGAAAAUUCGAAAGAAGAAGGAUAUCCUCAUCGAUUGUUUGCUCAAGAGUUCCUCCACACAGCCGACUAUCGACAACUUCUUUACCAAGAAGUCAGAUCCCAGUGGCUCCCGACAGCCUUCAGUGUUGGAGCGCCAGGAUCAAAGGCUGCGUGAGAUGGUCUUAAAUCAGUUAGGUGCUUGUGUGCGCGUCAACGCUGAUAUUUUUGCUCUUUUUCGACGCAUCAACUUGGUAUACUUUCGAUGCACACAAUAUACGUCAAGCAUCCUUACUGCAGCUAUCGUUGCCUUUGCACGCAAGCGGCAUUACUUCCCAUACAUCUAUGAGCGCACGUGGGACAUUUGGCCUGACCGCGCUGCACUAUGUGCAUAUGAACGAGUUUUGGAACUGGAGGCUGAGGUGGAUGCAUUGCUCGAGGGAUUCACUCCUUCAGGCACGCGCUCUAGGUCCGUGCUUAGCAGUACGCCUGUUCCAGACCUCCCCAAAAUAGAGCCAAGGGACGAGGACAGGGUUGAAGGGAAUGAAACCGCUCGGAGGCUAGCGGCGAGAGCAGUGGCCAAACUAGUCUUUGAUGGCGGUAUAUAUUCUGAGUGGACGGCUUUAGUGGCUGCAGAAGGGCAUAAGGAGCCAAGGUCUAUGGGGUUGGAGCGCUUUCAUCACGGUCAUGUCUUAACGCGCAUUGUGGUCAAGGGCGCUGAGGCGCUCCACAUUUUACAAGAAUUUAAGCACGAGUUAGACGUAUUGCAGGCGCUCAUCGAUCAACCAAGAUGGCGCCGGGGACGACGGGGCCGAUGGUAUGAUCAGCGCGCAUUGAUUCUCAUGGACAAGUUUCCAAGGGAUGACAUGAAAAUCGCCGAGAUUGCUCUCAAUUCUGUGCUAGACGCGAUCGAUGACCCGGACGUGCAUCUCGUCUACCGACCCAUGCUAGAGCGACGUGUUCUUCGUCUAGAGAAAAUUCUGAAGAUCCCGAUAGACCAACGCCAUACUUCCGAGAAUGAUUUGAAGAAAACAUCAUCGAUAUCCAUAGAGGGCGUGCGGGUGCACAGUCGGCUGGAGGGAAUGCGCCUGGAUUCUAUUGGGCAGGUUGUUGCCAAUUCCUCAAAGACGCCGCUUUCGCAAAGCCAAUUACCCUUCCCUGUGAAGAAACCUCUGUUCACUACUUUUAAGAAAGGUGGAUUAUCAUCCUUAGAAAAGAAAGGAGAUAUAAGAACGGAGGUAAGGACAGACCCUCCUUCCUUCCUGUUGAGGGAGCCUGAUAAAUUCUGUGAGGUUCAGCCAUCGGAGAAGAAGGGGAAAUCGAUUUGGGUUGGAAGGGACGGAGAGCAAGUGAGCGUUGAAAUCCUCGCCUUGCAAUACUACGAGGGUCGCGGCUAUAAAGGGUUUCAUACCGAGGGUCGCAUCCUUACCACCCUCUUCGGCCUCUUGUUCUGGGACGUCUUGUUUGCCCCGGUUCCGGGCGCAUUCGAGACCCCUUACCAGACUGCCCCGUUGGAUAUUGCAGAAGACACAUUCUUCUUUUCUCGUGAAGAGCUCAUUCGCGCGCGAAUCUCCGAGAUCCAACUAGGCAGGGCUCGCGAGAUCUUGGAGGCUGUUGAUGACGAACACAGGGAGAAGGGGACCUGGUGCGUGGGAGUCCGGUGGGACCUAUUCGAAAAGCAGAAUCUGCUGGAGAUUGUAGACUGCUUCGACGGCAAAGCUCUCUCAAUCAUUUGCCGGCUCUUCUGCGAGGAGUACGCUAAGCGUUGCUCAGGGGUUCCGGAUCUGUUUCUAUGGAACCAUGAGCGGAGGGAGUGCAAGUUCGUCGAAGUCAAGGGCCCUGGAGACUCGUUGCAGGAGAACCAGAAGCUCUGGAUCGACGUGCUUCUUGGCGCCAACGUCGCCGUCGAAGUAUGUCGCGUCAGCCCGAUGGGACAGAGCCCUACAAAAGCCAAACGUCGAGGGAGUCCGCGGAAGUCCAAAGCGUCCAAGAAAGCUGCCAAGGUGGAGUCAGAUACGCACACCGAAUCCGUACCAGGCUCCGACGAUGAGGUAGACCAGUUUUUGGACGCCUCGCAGCUCGGAGAGUCGAUAAUGCUCGAGCCGACGACUCCUUCGCCGAUCCAGCCUUCCCAGGGGACUAAGAGACAUUCCGACGACGACGACUACCUGCCUGACCCCAUCAAACGUGCCCGAAGAUCGUUGUAGAUCUGCUGAAGGAUGUACUUCGCCGAGUUGAAAGUGUUGUUCGAUUUGAUCCUCUGCUUUCGUGGAAUUUUUCAUCUAUCUUUAUCUCAUGGUCGUAUAUAUUCAUCAUCGCUUUCAAUCUUUUUCACGGUUUCAGGGAUUCUGCAUGCUAUCUAUGUGUACUCACCCACUGUAUUUAUGGCUACCAGCAAUUCACAGACUAGCACAAACUA